AUGGAGAAAGAAUCCGUGAAAGAUAGAUCAGAUGAACAGGGAGUUGAGGAACAAACAAAUGCAUUUGGUGGUUACCUGGUAGGAGCACCCCCUCCCAUCGCAGGCUCAAAGGCUAACACCAAGAAGAGGAUCUUUCAGUAUGGCUCGUCCAAGGUGUAUACCAUGCAGGGCAUUGCCACUGCCUGCGCACUGGGGUCCGGGGUCGGCAUGGCUCUUGUCAAUCUAGUGUUUGGCCAGUUCAUCACACUCAUCACUGACUACACGUCGGGUCGUUCAGAUCCUGCGAGGUUCCGAAGCGAAGCAGGGAGACUCAGUCUCUACUUUUUUGUCAUUGGCCUUUGCCGAUUCUUUCUCACUUAUGGAUACAGCUCACUGUUUACAUUUGCCGCAUACCGGAUCACGCGAAAUAUUCGCCGCCUGUACCUGAAAGCAGGUCUGAGCCAGGAAAUUGCCUUCUUUGAUUCUGGCACUAGUGGAUCGAUUGCCGUGCAAGCUACCUCUAACGGACGAUUGAUUCAGAGUGGAAUAUCGGAAAAGCUGGGCCUUGUUGUCCAGGGCCUGUCCACUUUUAUAUCCGCCUUCGUGCUGGCAUUUGUCACUCAAUGGAAGUUGACUCUCAUUUGCUGUUGUAUUGCCCCAGCAAUGCUUCUCGCCCUAGGAAUCAGCUCCGCCAUUGAAGCUUCUAUUGAAACAAAAGUUCUCAAAGUUCACGCGCAGGCUGGAGCUUUCGCAGAGAGUAUUUUGUCAAGCUCUCGGACGGUACAGGCGUUCGGACUUCGGAAACAACUGCUACGCGACUUUGACAAAUUCUUGCAAGCUUCGAGGAACCUCGGAAACAAGAAAAGCCCUCUUUUUGGCUGUCUAUUUGCCACGGAGUACAGCAUCAUCUUUGCAGGGUUUGGCUUGUGCUUUUGGCAGGGUAUAAAAAUGGUAUCGACUGGGGAAGUGGCGCAAUCCGGAGAUAUUUUCAUUGUGCUCAUGUCUGUCAUUGUGGCAGCUACAAGCUUGACAGCUAUAUUGCCUUAUGUGAUUGAUUUUGUCCGCGCUGCCUCUGCAGCGACAGAGCUAUUCCAGCUCAUGGACCGGACGUCGAGAAUUGAUCCGUUCGACGAGUCCGGAGAAAGACCGACAGAUGUUACGGGAUAUCUCGAUUUUGAUGGCAUUUCGUUUGCUUACCCUACGCGCCCUGACGUCAAGGUGUUGAAUGAUUUCUCAUUGCAUAUCCCUGCCGGAAAGACAACCGCGCUCGUCGGAGCAAGCGGGUCUGGUAAAAGCACCAUCGUCGGGCUGAUCGAACGUUGGUACGAUCCUUUGUCGGGAACGAUCAAGCUUGACGGCCAGACUAUCGAGACGUUCAACCUCAAAUGGCUACGCCAGCAGGUUAGACUUGUUCAACAGGAGCCCGUUUUGUUCGCUGGAACAGUUGCCGAAAAUAUCGCCAAUGGCCUUGUGGGCACACCGUGGGAGAAUGAAUCCGCAGCCGAGAAGCUGGCCCGGAUACAGGACGCUGCUAAAAUUGCUUUCGCCCAUGAUUUCAUCACGGAGCUUCCCAAUGGGUAUGAUACUGUCAUUGGGGAGAGAGGUGGGCUAUUAUCCGGUGGUCAAAAACAGCGGGUUGCAAUUGCUCGCAGUAUUGUUUCCCAGCCACGAAUUCUUCUUCUGGAUGAAGCAACGAGCGCACUUGAUCCUCAUGCCGAGGAAGUCGUGCAACGGGCACUAAACAACGUUUCGAAGGGACGCACAACGAUUACCAUUGCACACAAACUAGCCACCAUAAGAGAUGCUGAUAAUAUUGUCGUCAUGGAAAAUGGCCGUAUUCUCGAACAGGGCACGCAUAAAUCGCUUUUGGAAUUGAAUGGCGCCUACGCACGCCUAGUGCAAGCCCAGGAUUUGUCUGUGGCCGCGCAGGACCCCGAAGAUGUGUUGAAUAGCUCGGAUGAAACAGACAAAGAAGACCAUGUUGCACUGACUGGUGAAUUGACCCGGUACUCGACUAAGACGAGAUCCGCUUUGGAGAAGCAGUUGAGUCGGGAUGAUUUUGACAAUUGGAAAAGAUUGGGGCUUCUUCACACAGUCUGGAGAUUGGUGAAAUCGGCCCCUGAGCUGAAUUGGACUUUCGCGAUUCUGAUUCUGUCUUGUCUCGCUGGAGCUGCGUCUUUCCCUGGCCAGGCUAUUUUGAUGUCGAGGUUUAUCGAAGUAUUUCAGUUCACAGGUGCAGCUAUGCGGACGAAAGGGAACUUUUUCGCUCUCAUGUUCUUGGUUCUGGGACUUGGAGCUUUCGUCGUCUACUUCGUUGUUGGGUGGACAUCAAAUGUUGUGGCACAGACAAUGAACCACAAAUACCGGAAGCAAGUCGUUAACGACAUGAUGAGGCAAGACCUGCAAUUCUUUGAUCGAGCCGAGAACACCACAGGGGCACUGACCAGCCGUGCCGACUCUUAUCCACAGGCGGUGUUUGAGCUUAUGGGGUUUAAUGUCGCUCUGAUACUGGUUGCAACGGUCGGUGUAUUGUCAUGCUCCAUCCUAGCACUGGCAUACGCAUGGAAGCUCGGUCUUGUUAUUAUCUUAGCAGGACUUCCACCCAUGCUCCUUUCUGGUUACGCUCGCAUCAGAAUGGAGGGUGCAAUGGACCACAAAAUUUCAAAGAUGUUUUCCGGAAGUGCAUCCAUUGCCUCAGAAGCCGUGACGGCUAUCCGGACGGUAUCUUCCCUGGCGAUUGAGACGUCAGUUUUGGAGCGAUACACCAAGGAGCUUGACCGGGCGAAUGUGACAUCUACGAAGCCAGUGCUUCUCAUCAUGCUCCCCUUCGCAUUCACUCAGACUGUUGAAUACUCUUUCCUGGCUCUCGGUUUCUGGUAUGGAUGCCGUCUUGUCUCAUUUGGAGAUGUGAGCAUGGUGAACUUUUUUAUCAGUUUCCUAAGUGUGUUCUUUUCUGGCCAGCAAGCUACAAUCCUUUUUGGCUUUUCGAGCAGCAUGACAAAGGCAACAAAUGCUGCCAAUUACAUAUUUUGGCUGGAGGAGCUCCAUCCUACCAUUCGAGAGACCGACGAAAACCGUGACGUUGGCCCUGGCGACCUCAAGUCUCUGCAUUUAGAAAACCUGCAAUUCUCUUACCCAAUGAGACCUCACGCUCGAGUACUGCGUGGCAUUGACCUUCACAUCGAAAAAGGUCAAUUUGUCGCAUUCGUCGGCGCAUCUGGCUGUGGAAAAAGUACGAUGAUUAGCAUGCUUGAACGCUUUUACGAUCCAGUAGCCGGUCACAUCAAAAUCGACGCCCUUACAUUGGAUAGCUUGAAUCCGUGGCUGUACCGAGGUCAAGUGGCACUUGUGCAGCAGGAGCCCACCCUCUAUCCCGGCACCAUUCGGGAAAACGUCGCCAUGGGGACCCCGACUGAUGACGGAUCAACGGUUCCUGACAGCGAUAUUGAAGCUGCGUGUCGGGCUGCCAACGCGUGGGAAUUUAUCUCUUCUCUGCCUGACGGCCUUAUGACUCUCUGUGGGGCGAAUGGGACACAGCUGUCUGGUGGACAACGUCAGCGCAUCGCCAUUGCCAGGGCACUACUCAGAAAUCCACGUUUACUCCUACUUGAUGAAGCAACAAGUGCUUUGGAUACUCAGUCGGAGAGAAUUGUCCAAGAUGCGCUGAAUGAGGCCGCUUCCCAUGGGGAUAGAAUUACGAUCGCGGUUGCCCAUCGCUUGUCUACUAUUCGCCAUGCCGAUAUGAUAUGCGUUUUUGAUGGGGGCAGGAUCGCUGAGUCUGGAACUCAUGAGGAAUUACUGAUGAAGGGCCGACUUUAUCCGAAAAUGUGCGAGGCUCAGAACCUCGGCACUUGA